AUGAGGUCAUCUAAAAUAGCUGCUGUGGCAGUAUUUAUGACGGGAGCACUAGCUCUAACCCACUACCCGGACUACUUCAACCACGCGAAGCGAAAGCCAUUUCCAACUGGAACUGCGGCUCUGCCACCAUUCGAUGGCUGCACAACCACUUACACCACGAUCACAGGAGAGGCUGUUCUUCUCAUUCCACCACCGACUAUAACUCCAGCGCCUAUCCAGGGUGGAAUCGUAACCACCGUUGAUAGUGCCACUAACAUUACUAUUCCAUACACGUCCGUAAUAACCCAAGAUGGGGUGGAGACUUACACUGAAUUAACAACCAUCUUUGAGUGCCCGUCUGCUGGUACCUUCACAAUUGAUCCCUUAACACCCAACACACCGGCGCCCACACCUCCUUCAACUACGGAUGAGCUCACCAUCAUCACUGAAACCGAAUACACAUCAGAAUGUCCAACUACCACUAGCACCUCUGCACUGUCUACAACGACCCAAAUUCCAAUUCUUAUGCCGAAUUUACCCAAACAACCCGUACUUGAGAAACCGAAGACGCCUAUGUUAGAGAAUCCAAUGACACCAAAAGUAGAAGAGCCGGAAGAACCAGAAAUGGAUGAACCAGAAGAGCCAGAAGAACCAGAAGAGUUGGAAGAGCCCAAGAAAGAGCAACCAAAAACACCAAAAAUAGAGAAACCCAAAACGCCACUAGUACAAGUUCCAAAAUUAACGGUACCCGAGCAGGAUAAGGUAUCUUUUCUGCCACCAGCAAAUAUUCCUAAAACUAGUAAACCUAAAUCACCAGAACUCGACUCUGGUUUCUGGGCUAUAGCAUACUCACCAUAUAGAGACGAUAAGGGAUGUAAGAGUGCAGAGACCGUCAAAGAUGACAUUUCUAAGAUUCGUAGUGUUGGCUUCAAGUCUAUUCGUAUCUACGGCACUGACUGCUCAGGGCUUGAAAAUGUGGGGAAUGCAGCCAAAGCUAAUGGCUUAAAACUGAUUCUCGGUAUAUUUAUUAACGACUCUGGUGUGUCGGGUGCUGCCGAUCAAGUCAAAGAUAUCUUGAAGUGGGGUCAGUGGGAUUUGGUUGACAUGAUUGUCAUUGGAAAUGAGGCACUUUUUAAUAAGCAUACAACCCCCCAAGAGCUCGCUGGUUUUAUUCGCUCCACAAAAUCUUCUUUUCGUGCCGCCGGGUACAAGGGACCUUGUACUACUGCUGAACCUCUUAAUAUCUGGGAAUCCAACUUCAAAACUCUCUGCGAUGUUAUCGAUGUCGUCGGCUGCAAUAUUCAUCCGUUUUUUAAUUCUCAAGUCGACGCACCCAAGUCAGGACAGUUCGUCAAGAGUCAACUCGAGAUUGUCGAUCAAAUUUGCCCAGGUAAGCGUGGGGUGAAUCUCGAGUGUGGAUGGCCAUCAGCGGGAGAUUGCAAUGGAAAGGCUUGCCCAGGAGUUUCAGAACAAGCAAAAGCAGUGAAAAGUAUCAAAAAAUAUGCCGGGAAUUCUUCCGUCCUUUUCACAUAUACUGAUGACUUUUGGAAGGAGCAAGGGGAAUUUAAUGUCGAGCAGAAGUUUGGAAUCAUUAAGUUCCUCCUCUCAAAUCAAACCUCAAGCCAGGAUGAUUAG